UUUUUAUGUUUUUCUCAAGCGCUGAUUUCAGAACUGGACAGCUCCUUCGUCGCUCUACCUAACUUACCCCGGUUAAAUGAUUGACACAAGAAAUAGCCAUACACGAAUCAAGGGCACUUUAGGAAACCUAUAAGAUAAUGAAGGAGACGGGAUUUAGGAGCACACGAUUCUUUCUGUCCCUAUGGUUUAGUUACUGCUUGUUAUGGACAGAGGAGGGCGGAGUGUGUUUGCCACCAAAGUGUGAGGUACGACUCCGAGCAUCAAAGUAACCGGAUUUUCCCUUUUUUUUCAACCGACUCGCUCACAUUCGAGCAUCGCAGUGCAAGAGGGGCUGUGCAACAUUUCAAUAAUAAAAUCACCACUGUCAAGCGGAUACAAACGAAAACAAGCCAACUACAGUCGCUUUCUAAGGAAAAUAUGAAUUGAUCUGCUGGAAACCGCCUUUCUUUAGAUUAUAUUGACGAUACAGGCUGGAAACAAGGGUGGAUUCACUUGCCUACAGGUGAACACAUUUUGAUGUGAUUACUGAAAAUUAUUUGGCUGGCUUUGUGCAUGUUCGCACCUAACGGCAGAAGGUUAACCGGGGCUUCAAUAUUAAAGGCUAAACGAUAUGGCUGUUUUGAUGUUUUCCUUACUCGUCCAUGUGGGAUUUGUUGUUGGAUCAAAUUAUGGAUAUAUGGAGUGGUCAGAGCACCAGAGAGACGCUGAAAUCGGAGCAAAGCAACCCAUCUACAGCACUCAUAUUAACAGUCAAGAACCACAGCAUCAUGCGCCUUAUUUGCAGAAACCCGCGACCGAGCGCUCGGUCUUAGCACAGAAAAUUGAGGAGGAUCUACCCAGAGUGGUUACGGCUUUUCUUCAUACAGGAGAUUCGUCAACGUUAAAGCAUGCGAACUGUUCACGGAGAUACGAGCUGAGCAGACUGCUUGACAGAUCAUACAUGACUUCCCAUUAUUCCCUAUACAGUGUGAUGGAUACUGUGGUUCAAGCCGCCAACUUCCUCAAUUUGAUCUUGCAAGCCAACAGGUCCAGGGGGCACGAUCUCCAACAAGACAUAGAGUGGUACCACGGGUUAGUGAGCAGUAUACUGGAAGGAGAUCCAAAAAUUCACCGGGCUGUGCUCACAUUCAACAGUGACUCGUUCUCACCGGGUCCCCACGUCUUCCUGCAAGCCACGAGAGCGGGAAGCGAGAUCGUUCUUCAAGAUCUAUCGUUCGCGGCCCACCAUCACCUGAAGAACAAGACGCCGGAGACAGAAUGGUUCCAUGAGUUCCGGGACCGGAAAAACCCCCACCUGCAUAGAAGAGUGCUGAGCCACGACAUCAAAUCUCUGGAUGCCUCCCUCAGGAGAGGAGAUAGCUAUGUUAUUGAUAAAACUCAGAUUAAGUGGUCGGCGCCUUACCUCGAGUGCGAAAAUGGGAACUUCAUUCCUAUGUGGCUCCUCACGUUAUCUGCUGCGUUCUACGGCCUAAGGCCAAACAUGGCCCCUGAGUUCAGAGGUGUGGUCCGGGUGGACGUCAGUCUGCAGGAUGUGGACAUUGACCAGUGCUCCAAUGAUGGAUGGUUUGCUGGGACCCACAGAUGCAACUUAACCAGUAUGGAGUGCAUACCAAUACGGGGCUAUGGAUUUGUGCUGGACAGAUACAAGUGCCAGUGCAAGAAAGGCUUCUACCAUCCCAGGAGAGUGGCUGUCAAUGGCUUCAAAAGAAAGGAGAAGGAGAGGGCAGUUUCGGGGAGUCCCCAAGGAGAGGGGGCAACAGAAGAGGGCUCCAACAAUUGCCUGCCCUGCAUGGAGGGGUGCGCCUACUGCAGGGAUGACACGCCCUGCCACACUCAGGAGGAUGGCAUCCUGCGUGUGGCCAUCAUCUCCUUCCAGGGACUGUGCAUGCUGGGAGAUUUCAUCGGCAUGGUGCUGGCCUACCACUUUCGCAGGAAUAAGAGUAUCAGAGCAUCUGGACUUGUCCUUCUGGAGGCUAUUCUGUUUGGAGGCCUGCUCCUCUACUUCCCUGUUGUCAUAUUGUACUUUCAGCCCAGUGUGUUCCGCUGCAUCCUGCUGAGAUGGGUUCGACUCCUGGGAUUUGCCACUGUUUACGGGACCGUGACUCUCAAGCUGUACAGGGUUCUGAAGGUGUUCCUGUCUCGCACAGCCCAGAGAAUUCCCUACAUGACCAGCUGGCGCGUUAUGCGUCUGUUGGGCAUUAUUCUCCUCAUCGUCUGUUGGUUUCUUGUGGCCUGGACAUCGGCUGUCUGUCAGAACCUGGACCGAAACCUUUCUCUCAUAGAUGUGGGCUCCACUCCCGAUGGACUGCAGUUUAGCAUGUGUCUGCUGGACCGCUGGGACUACAUGAUGGCAGUUGCUGAGUUUCUGUUCCUACUGUGGGGAGUGUACCUUUGCUACGCUGUGAGGACGGUGCCUUCAGCGUUCCAUGAGCCUCGCUACAUGGCUGUUGCCAUCCACAAUGAGCUUGUCAUCUCUGCAAUAUUCCAUAUCAUAAGGUUCACUUUAGCCUCUGGACUCCACCCUGAUUGGAUGCUUAUGUUAUUCUUCUCUCACACUCACCUGACGGUGACCGUGACUCUGGGGCUGCUGCUUGUCCCAAAGUUCUUAUUCACAGGGACUCAUACUAGGGAUGACAUCGCCACAGAGGCCUAUGAGGAUGAGCUGGACAUGGGCCGGUCUGGAUCCUACCUGAACAGUAGCAUAACUUCAGCUUGGAGUGAACACAGCCUCGACCCUGAGGACAUCCGGGAAGAGCUGAAGAAGCUGUAUGCCCAGCUGGAGAUCUACAAGCGCAAAAAGAUGCUGGCUAACAACCCCCACCUGCAGAAGAAGCGGAGCUCCAAGAAGGGCUUAGGUCGCUCCCUCAUGCGGCGAAUUACUGAGAUCCCGGAGACAGUGAGCCGGCAGUGCAGCCGGGAGGACAAGGACCAGGGGGAUCAUGGGAGCAACCGAAACAGCAUCUGUGCCCUGCGGAAGAACCCCUUCGACCCUUCCCAUGCUUCCAAGUCCAAGGACGACUCCUCCAAAAGCAAGGUCUUCUCCCUCAAGAAGUCCCACAGCAGCUACGACCAUGUGCGGGAUCAGAGCGAGGACUCCAACAGCUCAGCCACAGAAAAGAUGGAGGUCUCAACCACUGAGAGUUCGCUACUGGAUGCCCUGAUAGGCAAAAAGCUGGUAAAGAAGAAGUCUGUGGACAAGGUGGAUGUUGAAUCCACUGAGUCCGUUCCCCUUGUGUGCAAGUCUGCCAGCGCGCACAACCUGACUGCUGACAAGAAGCCCAUCCACCCCAGGACUUCCAUGCUGCAGAAGUCCUUGAGUGUCAUUGCCAGCGCCAAGGAGAAAACCCUGGGACUCACAGGCAAAACCCAGAGCAUGGAGGAUAGUGGCAAAAAGAGCCACCACAAAGGCAAGGAGGGCAAAGUUGCCCCAGAAACAGAAGAGAACCAAGACUGCUACCCAAAGUUGAUACCUGCCAGCCAGUCAGUGGAGUACAAACAGACAGCCGGCAAGGCUGGGAUCAUGAAGCAGCAGGUGAGCGGGAGCCAGCCGUCCAUCUGCUCCGAGGCAGCAAAAAACAAAGAGCUCUAUGACCUCUCCGAGGUGUGCCCCUGGGAAAUGGAGGAUGUCCCCAUGCCUUCUGAAAACAGGGUACAGAAACACGUGUCCAUUGCCCCGAGGGAGACCACAACAUUCCAUGGGAAUGGCACCAAGGGGAAGCUGCAGCAAAAGCAGAAGACCAGAUCAGAAGAUCAGAAUGCUUCAAAUGACAAGCGCUCAAACCAGAAGCCGGUGGACAGGUCGGACAUAUGCCCCUGGGAAGCCAAGGGAGAUGAUGGACCGGGCCUGGUGGAGACUGUCAAUCCUCAGGUGGCCCAUCAGGCAGCCAACUCUACUGGGGAGAAGGCCAAAAUACAGUUGGCCGAGGUGUGCCCAUGGGAAGAACCGCUGGCUAAGGUGGUCGAGGCAGUCCAACUGCCAGACAAGGUCAGGGCAAAUAAGUGUGCCUCAUCAGUGGACGCUAAAGUAAAGGAACCCAAGCCAGAUCAGCCUAAAUCCACUGGCAGCCUCCUGCAGCCCUCCACCACCAAGGCGGACGUCUGCCCUUGGGAUUAUGACACUCCACUAACCCCCAGUCCUGAAAAGACUCCCAGUCCCACUCAGGUUUCUAAAAAGGAAUCUCCCCCAAAAAAGAAAGGGGCACUGCCCAUAGCCACAAAAACGUCAGAGAGGGAAACAGAGAAGGAAAAGGCAAAAGACAAGGAUGAGGAGAAAAUAAAGUCAAAGAGCAAGGAGAGAAGUAUAUCCAGCAAACCUGCAGAGAAGCAUAUGACCAAAUCUAAAAUGGCAGAGGUCUGUCCCUGGGAUGUUGCGAGCGGUCAGGAAAUGCCAGUGACAGACAAACGGAAAAGCGCGACAAAUGAACUGGGGCCAGUCAAAAGCAAGCAAGCCGACAUUUGCCCGUGGGAUUACGAGGCCGUGCCAGACAGCAAAGGACUAGACAGAAAUGCUUCCACAGUGAAACAAAAUGCCACAAGUUCCAAAGGGGGGGUUGCCAGCAAUGCUAGAAUGGCUGAUGUUUGCCCAUGGGACUUCGAUGAUCAGACAUCAGGAAAAAAGGCAUGACACUAGAUUGGACAUAUGUUGAAUGUUUAGUUCUCAUUAUACAGUACAUUUUUUUUGUAAGCCUUUCAAUUAGGAGGCAUGAAGAGGUUUUUUUUGCACAAGUUGCCUUUUUUCCAAUGUUUUAGUUCUGUGUUGUGUUUUUUUAUUUUGGAAAAAAAAAGCAAAGAACAAAAUGAGAAACUGUCUUAAAAUGAAGCAUUCCAGAUUCCUACUGAGUAUUUGCUGAAUUCUUAUAAGAUUAAAGUUGGUCUUACAAUUAUGCAACUCUAAGUCACUUUAUCUGCAGUGUAGAAUAUUUUCAUGAAUUUGUUACAUUGCAUGUGUACACAGACAUUUUUUCAAUCAGUUCUUUCAUUUCCAUUCAAAAUGCAUUGCUUGUAGUGCAUUUUAGUUUAUUUCACAAGACAAGAUUAUACAAGAGUAUAAUGCCCCUGCUGGAACUUGCUGGACAGGAUAUUAUGUAAAUAUGUGCUUUAAUGCUGGCUUAAUGGAUGAAUGUGUACACAGGUUAAGCAUGAGUCAAGCAAGGGGCUCAGUACACAAAACAUAAGGAUGCCAAAGACAUAAGAUGUAGUGCAAAACAUCUCUCAAACUUCACUACACGCCUCAAAAACACAGACUCAAAGAAGAACAAAACUGAAAAAUUAAAGCAAAACUGGCAAUGGAGCCAAUUAUAGCACUUUAUUACAUGUCUCUGUGGUCUCACCAAGAUUACUGGAGAAAUCUUUUUUCAGAAAAGAUUCCUUUUCAACAUAUUCAGCUGGGCUAAUCAAAAGGUUUCUGACAGGUCGCUGUAUAAAGCUUCAUAACGCGAGAACCUCAUUGAGUGUUCAAUGUGCAAAGCAAGGCUCCUUUGGUUUUGAUUAAUGUUUCCUAACUCUUUCUUCUGUUUGGUGUGAGAGUAUUCUGAAGCCCUUAAGGUAAGCAAUGCUACCGGGCCUUCAGAAGUAAACCAUGUGCCUCAUCUGUCUAAUUGUUGUAGCCUUAGAUAUGUGUUGGCUGAAAGUAGAGCCUCUCCAAGUGCAGAUAGAUCAUUUCUCUUUAACUAUUUAACACAUGAUAAACCAUGGUGGAGACAAACUGAAGCCAUAGUCAGACAGGUUUCAGCAAAUAUUUAAAGCUGGUUCAAACCAUUGUUAGUUCAAGACAUCCCUUUUUGUGAGUAGGGAGAAGAGUUUUGAUUUGAUUGACAGCAGUUGUCUGUGGGCUCUAGAGGUUUCAGUGGUAUUUUUGGGCAAUGAUAGUUAACAACUUGGCAGGUGCAAGCAAGGAUCUCUGAGUGAGGCUCAGUGAUUGAAACCGCAAAAAAGUAAAUAAAAACAGAAAAGUAAAAAAAUAGAUUCAACCGUUUCCUGUUAGAUUUAGUAUUUGUGCAAGUCAUUACCUAGACAAAACAAAUAAAUGACAUCAUAUUUCUUAUAUGAAUACAUAUAGAAUAUUUUAAAGGAUAAUUAUUUUUACAUUAUUUAUUUAUCUACAUAUCUGUGCAGAUCUAAUUUAUUCAAACUGCUUUUCUUGGUCCUGAGUUAAAGCUCAAUGCAUUGGACUAUGAAACAUUCUUUUACAGUUCAGUGGUUUCUUAAAUUAUUAAUUUCUUUUUUUAAGUGCUUUUCCCUGUACCUAUAGCAGAUACAUUUGAAUAUAUAUUUUUUCACCAUAAUUGCAGAACAAUCUUUUAUUAUUCAUUUUGGAACAUUCUGUGUUUUGAGAUUUUUUAUUUAUUUUUUUGCCAAAUGUAUCAUCAAAUACAGAUUUCUUAUGGAGUACCUUGAAGAUUGUAAAUGGAGUGAUCUUUUACUCUUAAAAGGCGGAUAUUUCCAACUGUUCAAUUAUUAAACUAGAUGUAAUGAUGCAGGUUGUUUCUUUUGUAAGUUUAGGAAAGACAUCAACACAUACUUCUGAAGGCUUCCAAAGGAUAUAGAUAUAAUGAAGCAGAAAGUAUUGAGAUUACUGUCACUGUUUUAGAAUAAACCAAUUGCAAUUUGUGUCAUUUGAGUCAGAGAGAGAAUUUUUUUUGUAGAUUUUCACUCCUGAGUUUAUUUUUAUAGAGAAGAAAUAUUAAACACAAAUCAGUUUUUGUUCUCCUUAAGAAAUGCUCACAUCUCAUACACUAGUAUGCUGCCUCUGGCCCAAUUCUCCUUACAUUGAUCAUGGUGUUUUCAAACUAGGUGAAUACAGCUAUUGUAAAGAAAAACAAUAACAAUAAUAUAAAAAAAUAAUAAUACACACAGGAGAAAUAAAUAGGAUUGAUGCAAUAAGGGUGUCUUGUGGUAAGUAUCUUUAUGGUACAUCAUAGUACUCCUUUUGUUCCUGUGUAUUUCUGUUGAGUAUUUAUUUUUCUUGUUUUGGACCAGAAGGCAUUUAAGUAGGGCAAAUCUCUCAUAGUGUAUGUAGUAGUAAACAAAAUGAGUUCCCUACAGUGUAGAUGACUGGCAAAAUUCUGAAUUACAUUUUAAACCACAAAGUUUUUAUAUGUUUAUAAUGCUAUUAUUUUACCCACACUUAUGGAGGUAAAUACAGUCAUGAGAGACUACUUUAGCUCAAUACACCUGGUAGUAAACAUUGAGUGUUUUACUUUUGUCUUUGUGAUGAAAUAUGCUUCUCUUGAUCUCUUAUCCCAGUGGGAAAUAUUUCAAAUACGCAAUGUCAGCUUUAAAAAAAUAUUACUAGUCUAUGCUGUUAGUUUAUUAGUUUAUCCCUGAUAGGAAGUUGUGUGAAUUAGAAUGAACUACAUCUUCCCUAUUGAUUCUUAUGGAUUGAUGUUUCAGUGCAGAAUUUGUGAAACAUAGCUAAUUGUACGACAUCCAUGCACAACAUCCAUGUACGAGACCCCCUGUCCUAACCCCCCACUCAUACCCAAAAAGCACCUUGAAAUUCUGAAUGUCGUGCAAGAGCAUGUGUGUAGCUGUCUCAGCCAAUGGGAAAUCAUCCACUAAAAGCCUAUCCCAGCAGGUCAGUGAUGCCUUUGAGAGUCCAUUGUUGAAAGGCACCCCUGAGUGGGCAGGCCUGUGCAUCAUGUUGAGUUUUGAACAGGGAAAAAAAAACUAGCAUUGUUUACACCACUCCCCCAUCCACUAUCAUCUGCCAAAAUAAAUACAUGAAUUAGCAAAUAGAACCAGUUGGGUCAGACAUGUAGAGGACUUGAAUAUCCUUAAAAUUGUAUCUAAUUCCAAUGAAAGCCUGGUCAAAAUAACAGUGUAGAUUUUGGUGGUGUUGGCCCAGAUGAAGGUUUUAAAUUAAACCUUGGUUUACCGUUUCCUUCUUCUGUUAACUUUUCACAGUUCUCCAUUUCCAGUUCAACACGCGUAUACUUCUCUCACAUGAUCUGCUGUUUCUGUGUGUAACCUUAGACCAUGUCCUGGAAAAUAAAACUGUAUUGCAUUUAUCAUUUUGUUUUUGGUUUGUUUUAUUUUGUUUUGUUUAAAUUGCUUCUUGUUAAUACAGCACUUCAGCAUAAGACUAAAAAAAACCCUGUCUUUACCAGUAACCGUUCCAAUAACAAUAAUUGCGUGUCCUAAUGCUAAUUAGAUUCCUGUUGGGUUUUUAUAUGGUGACUUGUUUGUUUGUUUGUUAUACCGGCUUCUUUUGUGACUUAAUGAUGUCACCUAAUGGGGAAUACUACUCAAUGCUGUAGCUGUAACUGUAACUGUUGCUCAAGUGGCUUCUGCAUGAAAACAAUAAUUAGUAGGACUGACGUUUCACUGCCCUUGAAAAACUUUGAUCUUUUGGACUGUUAUGAAUUGUAUAGUGAGUGAAACUGUAACUUACCUACUGUAUUACAUGCUUGUUAUAAUAAAUGCUCUAUGACAAGCUUAUAGCAUCCACAUGGAAAUAUUUGUUAGAUUUAUAUUGUGUUAUAUUGUGAUAGCAUGUAAAUAAAAUACCUCCUCUGCAAUAAAAAUUUCUAUGAAACUCAAA